CUGCCAUUUAAACUCAGGCAAUGUACUUCACUGUUUUAGAACGGACCUCAAAACGCAUCUUUUUAGAUUAGCUCUUAAUUAGUGAUUUUUUUUAGAUUAUCUCUUAAUUAGUGAUUUUUUUUUUUUUACAUAUUUAGUACUCUUACAUUACAGCUCUUACAGUUAUUUACAAAUAAAACCCACAAAAAAACCCUUCGGUUGCUAUUUGAACUCUAGUUUGUUAUUAUACUUAUGUCCUUUCUAUGCAUUCAAUUAUUCCUAAGGGUUGUUUUAAAUUGUUUUAUAUGUUAUUAAGGUAAUUAUAUCAUUACAUUAGGCGUUAUAUAAUAAUAAUGAUAAUAAUAAUUAUGGAUUUUAAUUCUGACACUAUGAAUGUUUUAUUCACAUGUAUAUGAGCACAUCCAUAUUUUGGGCAGAGUACAAUUUUAAGAAAAUACUCUAAAACCUUUCGUGAAAUAUUUCGACCCGUCUUCUUCAUUACAUAUAUAUUAAAUGUUCUCUCCAUGGUUGACUGCAUUUUGAUAAUGAAUUCAUUGUGCCGCUCGUUGCAACUUGCCCAGUCUGCAGCUUAAAGAUGUCCAAUGAAAGCAACAGAAGAGGGUGUGAAUGAAAUAGUUUAUCGAUUAGUUGGAAAGGAAGAAUGAAGCUUUAGUUUUUUAUAUCAAUGCUAAUCCGAUCAUUUUUCGCGAUCGAUACAUCGAAAUGAACCAAGGAAGAAUGGAAAUUUUACAUUAAACUGAUUUCCAAAGGGUAUCAUUUCGCGCGGAUACAUAUAUGGAACGGGUCUUUAAAUUUCAAAUUCUAUACAUUUACUUAAAUUAUACAUGCACAUAAGAUAUCGACACUCUGUUUUGACACUGAGUCGCUAUGAAAUUGAAAUGACUUGUCUACCUGAUAGGACGUGUGAUAUGUCAAGUUGUGCACGGAAUUAAACGUGUUAUACCGGUAUAUAUUUGCAAUAUGGCAGACAAAGCAAAAGGAUGGACUAUUAUUUGGACUCUUCUCCUUAGUGACGUACUGGGAAAUGCCAAUGAGGAAAAAUGCCAAAGUCUCGCUCGCGCAAAAUCUACACCAGUCAUCUCGUUUUGUAAAGAAGACAUUCUAAUAUCCAAUACAUCUAUGACUCUUGAUGCAUUUCGACCGUUCUUUGGGAGCAUAUCAACACCUUGCACGUGCGAAGUCAGUAUUUUUAGUACACAAACUACUUCUGUGCUACAUAUUCAACAAGAACCAUCCGUCCUGCCCACGUCUAACUGUGGACUGAGUAUGAAGCUUACAUGGGGAACUCAACAUAGCCGUGUUGUAAACUGUAAUAACUAUCUGGAUACGGAGUACCAGCUAGACAAAGGCGGUGUUUUGAUGUUGACUCUUAAUAGCACAUCACCAACAUGGUCUACCGGAUUUUGUUUAGCUGUUAGGUUAAGGUUUGAGCUGGGACCUUUGCAGGUAAAGUGUUUUAGUCCCGGAAGACACACCAUCCAAGCAAUGUCUACGCCAUCUGUCACUGAUAUCACAAGCAAUGCCUUCCCGGAAACAGCCUCCUUAAACGCAUCACUAACACCUACAUUAUCAACAACAUCAGUGCCAAAGUCGAUACAAACAGGAAAAACAACUUUAAACCAAGUGUCGAAGACCUCCUCAAUACUUGUGUUAUCAACAACAGAACGACAUACAGAAAGCAAGUCAACUGCACUGUCUGUCUUCCCUCAAACAGACCAGGUCAGUGCUGGGAUUGAUACAACUGAACACCCCAGAGAACAAACACUGACAACUUUCUACCACGAUGACAACAAGACAACAGAGAUAAUUGAAAUUACUACGAACCACGGGUAUUCUUCAACGUCAGAAAGGAAAACAGCUACCUCUGUAACUCAGAAAGUGGACCAUAUCACAGAUUUUAAUGUUGUGUACAUCAUGGUUGGAUUGAUGGUUUCCGUCAUCCUUGGAAUAUUGUUCCUUGUAGUAUUUCUGUGCAGAAGACAACAAAGAAAUACAAGAGAAAGACUUGAUUUCAAAGACUGUAUUCAGAGUUCCAGUAUUUCGUCCCCGAAUGGAGCGGAUACAGACAGUAUGGAUAUGAAUAAGGAUACCCAUCAUGCAUAUGAAAAUAGGAAAGAAGAACCCAAUUUCUAUUAUUACCAAGACCUGAAAAUCCCUACUAAAUCAAUCAGAGACGCAACAGAUAGGCUUGCAGAGGCAAAGGCUGAACACAGAUCUCCCGGAUUUUGUCACAAUGCUGACAACGACCAUACUAGGGUGCAGUCCCGACAUAAUCUACACAAAGUACAAAUUUUACACAAUACCCCAAGCGUUAAUAAACAGGGUUCUUCGGUUGUAAAGGUGACCGUUAAUGGCAGCAAGAAAUUUAUUUUGUAACCACAAGAUAAAAAAGAAUUUAAACAUGCAUUGUAUAUCACUGAAUUAAACAAAACAGCCUUCCUUUUUAAGCGCUAAGCGUAGCUUAAGCGCUUAUUGCCGCCAGUUGGAUUUUGCUUUCGUCAUCAUGUUUCCGGUUUAUCGCCACCUAUAGGCGAAUUUAUGCAUCGCUGUAGUCAACAAGUCGUGUUUAAAGUAGUCGUAAUUUUGCAACCGAUCUAGCACGGGGAUAACAUUCAUAUCUGCAGGUGCAUUUUUUCUCAGGAAAUACAGUUCGUUGAACAGUGAAUAAAUUAUGUAUAAAAAGGGUGAUAUUUUUGUCCUCAUUCUUGGGGAAAGUGAGACACAGAUGCAGGUCAUUCUUCAGUUAAAAUUCCCAUUUGAAUCUGCGUCUGUAAUAAUUAAAGUGAUUCAAAAUCUAAUAUUGAAUAAGAAUAUGUAUAUGAAACCGUUUUAGCUAGGUUGCCUUUGCAUUGUUACCUUCGCAUGGCGCUUAGGGAAUGAGAGUACCAAACCCCCGCAUGCGUAACCCAGACGCAGUUUACCCAAGAUUGAGCGGAGGUAUAAAUGUCUAGGUGUUGCGUGAUUGGCUAAUAUCAAGAGUGAAAUUAUUUGGAAUCGAAAGAAAUAUUAUAGAGGUUCAAUUUAAUUGUCAGGAUGAAAAAUUAUCGCACAAAAUCGAGAAAUGACUGAGGAAAUUACCAUGGUAGGGGUGUGCUUAAAAUGAAGUGUGUAAUUUAUUGCAGAUUGCUAUGUGUUGUAAAAAAAAAUACAAAUAUGGCGUAUAAAAGGCACGGGACCCUAUAUAUUUUUUGUCGUUUUUUAUCAACACUUGGAAUGAACUUUGAAAUGUUUGCGGUCAUUUGUUUAAAAUUGAUAUAGUUAAUUAGUGAGAGGGCCAAAGGUUAGCAUUGAGGUCUAUGGGAAAUGAAUUGGUACUCUUUUCCCUUAGAGGCCAGGAAAAUCGAUUUGCAUGGUGCAAUCUAUAAUUAGAAGCCACGUCAUUAAGCUAUACAUGAGUCAGGAGGGUUUUCCACUUGUGUUUUGGCUGCUGUUUCGACUCAGUAAAAUUUUUGUCCGACGCAGCAAAAAUGUGUGCAACACAGUAAAAAAUUAACUGAUCCGCGUCCAUUGUGAACGAGAAAGAAUUUGUGCACGAUUAUGCUUUGACAGCGAAGGACAGAGAUCGGUGUCUCAGAAGGAUGAUAUUGCGUAACUGCUUACACCUUCCCGAUCAUAUAUGUAAGUCGGUCAUGCAGAAAUUUAGAGGAUGCAACGGUGUAACUUAAGCUUACUGUAUUAUUUCUAAACGACCAAGAUAUUCUUCAGAAUCAUCGUCAACACAAUCAAAUUUGAUUUCGUGAUUUAGUUUCAAAAAUGAGACUAAAAAUAAUAGUCUUGGGGCAAGGAAAAGAUAAAAGGUACAACAUUAUAUUAUAUUAUAUUGUAUUAUGGAAGACAAUACCCUGGUUUCAAGUAUUCAAAACACCGCGUGGAAUUUUACGAGCGCUGUAUACUGAAAUACAUAUGUUUAGAACAAGUGUUAUAUAAACAUUGCCAUUGUGUCAAGCAUGAAUGUGAAAUGGUUUGCGGUCCACAGAACGCUACAUACAACGAAAAGUAAUCGUGUUUUCAAUUUCUUUGUACUUCAAACAAACAAUUGACAAUGACAUGCAUAUGCUACAUGUAUUUCCAAACGUACAAAUGAUGAAGAAGGGGGAGGGGCAUGGAUGUACUGUCGUUGUUCCCUGUCCCCACAUUUUGUUUUCGCUGAACGAUCUUUUCAUAUAAAAAAGAUGCAUUUAGUUUUUUUGGUGAGAUGCCUCUUCAUUAUUUCUAACAGCGGUUUGAACAUUACCGUUUGAAAAUUACUUGUGUAACUUUUCAGUGCCUAGUUUGGGAUUCUCAUUUAGCUACAUUUACAUGUUGUAAAUCUUGAAUAUUUAUUGCGAUUCACUUCUGUUACGUUUUUUUUUUCAUAUUAGAACUCCUACACAAGCUUCGAAUCUUAUGGUUUUUUGCUAAGGUUAUUAGCAUUUUCAUAUAAAGAACUGUUUUAUAAAAUUAAAACAAUAGCAAUGUGUAUUAUGUCUAAUUCAGACAAACGGAUGAGUCUCCUUUGCAAUAUGAAUAUGAGCUUUUACACAAGAAGUGUAAUACACACAAGUUGAUGAGUACAGCGUUUAAUGUACCUGUGUACAAACUCUUGGGUUUUGGGUUGUUGUUUUUUAUAUUUACGUAUAACAAACAAUCACUACAAUUGCUAAAUGUAAAUCCAUGCUUAUAUGUUAGUCUAAUUCAUCAUCAUAUUUGAAUUAGUAUAUCCUCUUGCACUAACUUUCAUGUUAAAAAUGAGCUAUCUCCACUCUUGUUGAUGACGCAGUAUUCAGUUUCAAAGUAAUAUUGCACAUGUAUGAUGAACAUCUUUUCUAAAUAACUUCCUAAAUUUUGUUUUCAGUUAUACAUGUAUUUAUCGGACUUAUUUGGAUUCAGAUUCUCUCCAACCUGAUUUUGAAUUGAAAAUAAUUUCAUUAUUGAUUACAAAAAAUAAUUCCACUUUCAUUGUUUGAUUGCUAUUUACAGAUAAUUAUGCACUGGAUUCUGUAGUACAAGUCAUACAGAUGCAUGUUUAUGUGUGUAUUUAAAUGAUUUCUGGUAAGGUAAUGAAAUGGAUGUAAAGCGUUUCAUAAUCCUGCAUUAUUGGUGUGUUUUGACAUGUGGCAUUUGUUAGUGUAUGUGGUUAUGUGUAAUUUUCUUUUUUGUCCAGUUUGUUUGUUCCUUUCUAUUAUAAGUGAGUUACAUA